AUGGACCGCCAUGAGAAUACGUUUCCGCAAGAGAUCUGGGUGGAGGUCAUGAGAUAUUGCUCUCAGGAGAGCUUGGUCACCCUCUCGCGCGUUUCCCCUCUGUUCUGCACAGAAGCUCGUAAGUUGUUGCUUCGAACGGUCAGAUCAAAAUAUCCAACCAGCCAAGAGGACAAUCAUAUGGGUGUCAUUCACAGACCAUAUGCGUUCUACGACUUACUGAGCAAGUAUCAGGUCGACUGGAGACGGAUGAUUAGAUCCAUUGAGCUUCAUUGGCUAAGCGAAUACGUGGGCAAAGAUGGCGAGAAUGCACUGUUUGGAAGGGAGAAGCCAGUCGAAGACCAUCUCAUCUUCAGGACUGCAAUGCUGUUAUGUGAAUGUCAUCAUCUCAACGAUUUUCAUCUCAGUGUCAGAUUUCUCAAGGUGGCCACAGCCAUGCUCAAGAACGCAUCUCCACCCCUAACUUCUCUUGACUUCUCCCUACCACAUCGAUAUUCUUGGGAAGAUACCUUUAGGGUCUUCAGCCUACCAACUCUUGACACCCUGGUGAUACGGAAUCUCCUUAGUCCGGAUCAACCUGCUUUUCGAUACCCUAGCGCAAUACCGGAUGCCCUACACGAACAACAUGCGGUCUCAAAUGUACGAGAUCUCAGACUUCUGGAUUGUGGCCCUCUUACUCAACAAAUAUCUCCAUUGUUUCAAUGGCCGAAAAAGUUGGAAAGGUUGAUUUAUGCACCCGCACGGUCGAAGUGCGAGCCAUAUUGGCGCACCAUUCUAAGGCGAACGGGUGAUAUUUCAGAUGCAGUGGACCUAUCCCUCGAAGUCCUCGCACCCUUGCGAUCUACGCUACAAGAGUUACACUUUGACCUUGGAUUGGACAGACACUGGAUAUUGCCUUUUAGAACUGGAGAACUGUUUCGACCCUUCACUAAACUAUCACAUCUUACUGCUCCCGUCGAGUUGAUCAUGCAAUCAAGCGGUCUUUCACGAUCGAGGCUUGACAAGCCAUUCUAUACCAACUUACCUCCUAGCCUGGAAGAUCUUGAGCUCAAGUUCACCUCAUACAUCUCCUGGCAUUCUAGAGCCGCUCACUCUGGCCUUAGUGCAGAUGCUUGCUUAGAAUCUGAUCCAGCUCAUCAGCUGUUUGACGAAAUCUCGACUCUCGCAGUGCAGAAGGAAGGAUCGUUUCCUGCAUUUCGUAAACUCACGCUCACUGGAGAUGGAGAGAAGCCUUUCUUGGUCAAAUGCUGUCACGUUGAUUAUGCUUUGGAUGAUCUUGAGAACAGAGGUGUACAUGUGGUGCAGCGCGACUGGUAUCGACAGUCCACGGAGACUUGGUCUUGA